UGCUAAUUGGUCAUUAAUCCCAAACGUACCCUAAGCAUUUCCCAAGGGUAUUUGCGUAAUUUCCAAAGAGCCAUUUUCCUCUUUCAUUUUCUAUUUUUUUCCCCUUUCGUUCUUCGAGGCCAUUGGGUGUUUUAUCAGUGUGUGUAAAAAGGUGUGAGUGUGUGUUCUUGAGUUGCGCUUCUUUUCUAAGCGUAUAUUUGAUGGGAAAAAGAGCUUGAAAAACCCUCACAAACCCUAGAAAAACUUUAUCAGAUGUUUCAUUUUGCGUACGAAAGAUUAGUCUUUUAAAAACCUAGCAGCAGCUCUUGAUCAUCAGCAGUUCGAAUAGCACAAAGCUUUCCGCCAUGUUAUACCAUCGGGGCUUUUACCAUGAUGUUGAAGCUUUGCAUUUCAAGAUUGUUACAUUAUGUGCCCUUUUUGCCCUUUCAACUUUCGGGCCAUGUACUAUAACCGGGACCCACAAUCCAAUAGCCUAUGACUUGAAUUCUGGUCUUUCUCGGGUCAAACCAGUACUUGAAAAGUCAACACCAUCAGUCAAUAACCUCACCUGGUCAACCAACCAUGGUAACUUUCAGUUACCAAAUGGAAACAUAGUUUCUUGUUCACUUGAAUAUCAAGAAAAUCCCCAAAUUGAUGAAAAUGACACAAAAGAUGAAUCUUUCAUAAUCAAAUCAACUCAUGUGAAUGAUUUUUCAUCACCCCAUAUACAAAUCAGUCAUCACAUACUCGAUUGGGGACAAAAGUAUCUUCAUUCCCCAUCCAUAACCUUUCUAACUCUCCAAAAUCUACAAAGCCAUGGUUUCUUGAACAUCUUCGAACCAUACAGUACCAAUUUACAAUUCUACCCUUGCAACAACACUGAAUUUAACCUCAGCCCUGGUGAAAUCGCUUCCAUAUGUUUCAUAUUUUUCCCCAAAUCUUUAGGAUUAUCUUGGGGUCACCUCAUACUACAAACAAACUUAGGUGGAUUCUUGAUUCAAACCCGUGGAUUUGCAAUUGAAUCUCCUUACACUAUUCACCCUUCAGUUAGUGGAAAAUUUAACAAUUUUGUUUCAAUCUUCAAUCCUUCUGAAAAAGUGUUGCAUUUGAAAGAAGUAAGUUUUCGGGUAUCGUUUUCUUCCGGAAACAUUUCUUAUUCCAUAAAGGGUGUUUGCAGUGUAAAAGAUCACAAUGAUUCGGAUAAAUUUAGCUUCGAGGAGUGGUUAGAAGUCAAAAUUGGUCAACAUGGUCAAACGGGUCAACCCAUAAUCGCGAUUAGACCACAAAAAUGGACCGUUGGAUCGAACUGGGAUGAGCCAAUCUUGGAGUUAGAGUUUCCGUAUAAUUCACAAGCAAAAACCGUAUUCGGUUCUUUUUGUGUCCAAUUACAAGAUUUGGAUACACUUGUUGUUGAAGAAGAAUUUGGAGGGCAAUCUCGUCUUUUGGUUUCUCUCAAUGUUUUAGUCCCUUGUGAUGCAAAUGGGACGAUUACUGUGUCUCUUAUGGUGGAAAAUGAUGGUCCGGAAGUGGUUAAGGUUUUCAAGAUUCGUGAAAUUGGUGACAAUUUUGAGUCUUUAAAGACUAAAUUUGUUGAAGGAUUGAUAUUGUUUCCAUAUAGUGUGACACAAGUGGGAAUAGUUACAUAUGUUGUAAAUCAAGAUGCAAACUUGCAUUGCAAGUUACUUGUGGAAACUAAUAAAUCGGAUGCUCCUAAGCUUGAGAUUUCUUGUAGUGAUAUUGUGGGGCUUUGUUCUUGGGAAAAAUCAGAUGGAGUGUUGAAUUAUGACAAUGUGGAUCAUGUAUUACCACUUUUGGGAAUCAAGGUAACAGAAACAACAAAAUCCGAUGAAUCAGUACUAGGAAACUGGAAAUCUCAAGGAACCAAUAACAAAAUGUCAGUAAUCAACAACAACAACAAGGAACUCACAUUCCCAAUUGUCCACGUCAACACUCAUCAAUCAAAAUACAUCAAUGUCAUAAACCCUAGCAACCAACCAGUCAUCAUGCAACUCCUUCUAAACUCAGGAGAAAUCAUCACCAACUGCCAAAAAUCGGAUCAAAUUCUUCACCCCUCAUCUUUCCUCAAUUCCCAAAUCACCCCCUCAAGAUACGGGUUCUCACUCCCACAACACGCAGUAACCGAAGCCUAUGUUCACCCUCACAAAAAAGCAAUUCUGGGACCUGUUUUCUUCCACCCAUCGAGUCGAUGUGAGUGGAAAAGUUCAGCUCUUGUAAGAAACAAUCUUUCAGGUGUCGAAUGGGUAUCCUUACGGGGCUCCGGUGGGUCCCCGGGUCUGGUUUUACUAAACGGAUCGGAUCUGGAUCCGGAUCCGGUUCCGGUUCAUACCGUGAAACUCGAGCAUCGUGGGUUCGGGCAGCGGUCAGUGAAAAUUCUCUUCGCGAAGAACACCGGAGACCUGCCCGUGGAAGUCGAGAAAGUUUCGGUUUCCGGGACAAAGUGUGAGUUGGACGGGUUUUUCGUGAGGGAUUGUAACGGGUUCGGGUUGCUGCCCGGGGAAUCGCGGAAUGUUAUGGUGUCGUUUCGGGCAGAUUUUUGUGCGGGAAUUGUACGCCGGGAACUUGAGUUUGUGAUGUCGGGCGGGAUCCUUGUGGUGCCUGUGGAAGUUGGGAUUUCUACACCGAUGUUAACGAUAUGCAAAAGGUCUCACGUUUUGAUGAAAUUGAAGAAAUUUGUUCUUGUGGCUUUGGUUUUCGGGUUUUUGAUCUUCAUGGCGUGUUCUUGUACGGUUUCGUUCGUUAUUCGAGAUGGCGAUUUGUCUAAAAUGCCCUCCGGGCAGGUAGAUUGUUCUUCGGAUGUCUGCCCGAAACCGAAAACCGUGAAAAUGAAAGUUCAACCACCUGAAACUGCCAAGGAAGUGGCGGAGGUCGAGGCGGCAAAGCCCGAGAAUCUUACGGUUAAAACCGGAAAAGAUAAAUCAAGACGUAGAAAGAAGAAACGCGUGUCCGGUUCCAAUCCCGGGUUAAUUAGCCAAUUUGAAGUGUCGAGUAGCCAUAGCAGUAACUCGACACCUUCAUCGCCAUUGUCACCGCCUUCAUCUUUGACCCCGAAAAGGUCCGCGGAAUUGUCCCUGAGUCAACAUGUUCGGGCCAAAAGCCCGGUGAAACGCAAUACAGUUCCUCUGGUCAAAGAGGAACUGUCACUGUCUGUUGCACCAGUCAGUAACCCGGGCCCACAGGCCCGGGCUCCUGGGGCAGAGAGGAAAGUGGUUAACCUAGAGAGUUCAGUGUAUGAUCCGAGAUAUAAAUAUAAUAUCUGGGAUGACCAUCUUCGGGUACUGCCCACAAUACCCGAAGAUAACAACUUUGGUAGCCUCUUCGCAAUGAGCCCGCAAGAGCUUUUCACUAAUAUGGGAAGAAGGUGA